UCACUCAGCAAUAGCCUAUCCAUUCUCUCCAUCUUCAACUACAAACAUGCAAUACAAGGCGGCUCAGUCAUGGGGGAGUGCUUCGACUUCAUGCAUUAAUCAGGCACCCAGAAGCGCGGUGGCAGCUACAGGUGACCCUUUGGAGCGCAUACAGAGGCUGGCCUCCGAGAAUGCGGUGGUCAUCUUCAGCACAAGCAACUGCUGCAUGUGCCACGCCAUCAAGCGCCUCUUCUGCGGCAUGGGCGUCAACCCCACUGUGCACGACCUGGACCAGGACCCCAGAGGGAAGGACAUGGAGAAGGCCCUCAUGCGUCUCCAGGGCAGCUCCUCCGCCGGCCCCGUCGUCUUCAUUGGUGGCAAGCUUGUGGGUGCUAUGGACAAAGUCAUGGCUUCCCAUAUCAACGGUACCCUUGUGCCCCUGCUCAAGGAAGCCGGCGCUCUCUGGCUCUAGCCUACCUAGCUUCAAUUUAUAUGUAGCUAGCAGACUAUAAGUAUAAACAAAGCGAGGCAUAACUAGUACUGAUACUAUGUAUAGGAAACUAAUGCUCUCUCGAUGCAUGCUCCAGACAUCAGAGGAAGCGGAGUUGUUGUGUUUAAUUUUUGAGUUAAUUUGUCUCUUCCAUUUUGUGGUUCACUAAAAUGGACAGAGUCAU